CGCGUAGAGGGUGCACGCUUUUUUCCCGCGCACCCAUUAUAUUUAAUCAGAAUUAUAAACAUUAAUAACUUAAUCCAUUAUCAAUUGGACAACGGUGUUAAAUAUACAAUUUGUGUAAUAAACCGUGUUAUUUGAUAGACAGUGUGUGUUUAUUUUAACACGAGGAUUUUAUUUAUACAUGGUAUCGGGAAUCAUGCGAUCAACGCUAUCGGGGCAGCGCUCAUCUGAAGACUAGUGACGUCACGUGAACGCGUUGUUGAUAGUUAAUCGUCGAGUAGUACGUGUAUAUCAGUGGCGGGAGUCGGGUAUCGACACUUCGAUCUAGUGCGCAUCACUACGAGAUUCGAAUUCGAAUUUCUUGCCGCGUUGGAGCGGUAGUAGACUGUGAAGUAGGACUCGCGUGUGUAGUGGACGUUAGAGAAGCGUUAUGGCCAGCACCGGCAGUGAAAUUUGGCUGCAAUGGUUCGCGUGCUGCUACCAGCCCGCUGCGCAGGCGCAACGCACGCGCCGGAGAAUAGACCGAUCCAUGAUCGGCGCGCCGACCAACUUUCAACACACAGGACACAUAGGUUCUACAGAUGUGGACAUCCCAUCAUCACUGCUGCACACCAUGCAGAACCAAAUGCAAAGCAAGGGCGGCUACGAAAUGGCGUAUGGCGUUAAGGUUUAUUGAUGCGCGCCAAACGCUAAAAAGGACGCUAGUGAUAAAUCUUAGUGAUUUCAGUGUAAACAGGAUCUAAAUAGACUAUAUUUAUUAAUUAUUUACUAUUUAAGUGUAAAUCAUAAGUUUUGUUGUGUAAAUAAGAAUGUAAAACCGAAUUCAAGAAAAUUUGCGAGUUACCCAAAAUUUUAUUUUUAG